GACAUAAUUAUCUUUUCAGUAGAGAUGUUUGUAAUAAUUGCAAUUGAUUUGAUAAGAGAUUUUAAUUGCAUUUCGAUUCGAAAUUCUUCAUUUAGAUUGAAGCCACAUUUCAACAUGUUUGCUUAUCUAUUUAUCGCAUAUGUUUCAUUCAUAUAUCUACAAACAACUGAAUGCCUUCCACGAGUUGUUUACUUAGUUAGAAGCGAUAACAAUGACUUUACGAAAAAAAUUCAAGCAGACACAUGGAAUUUUGAUGGUAAAAAUGAUAAAGAUUUAAAAAUGCUUGCAAAAAGAGAUGAUUCCGGAAAUGAUAGAGACGUCUUGGACGAAAUAGACUAUCAUGUCAAAUAUUCGGAUGUAUUUGGUGAUGAAAAUACAUUUCGGACUGAGAAAACAUCUAAAAGCGUAAAUGUAUUUGAAGACGAAAAGUAUCUUAACGAAGAUAGAGACUUGUUUAAAAACGAAGUAAAUGGAGAAAGGAAAGAUUUGUUUGUAAGGAAAGAUUUGAAAUAUUCUGACAUUUUAGCCAAAGCAUUCGAUUAUAACGGAGGUAAUGUAGAAACGAAAAAAGGUAAAUUUGAAACCGACAAAGAUGGUGCAGAUUUGUUUAAGAAUGAAUACGAAUUCGAUAACUAUAUUGGUGACGUAAUAAGAGUAAGGAAUAAUAAAAAUUAUAAAAACAAGAACCAGGGUCUCGUUAUAGAUAUUAAUGAUAAAGAAAAGUUAUUUCUUGGAAAGAAUUUAUUCAAAAUUAUACGUGAUGUCGGUACUAAACUGGGCAAACAAAUCGCCAAAGGUAUAGAAUAUGCUGUAAAUUCGAUAACACAGGCCUCAUUUCAGGCAACACCAGGUAUUAUUUAUGAAGAAGUUAAGGGCCGAAGUUGAAUAAAGCUUACACAUUAA